CGCACAGAUAAUACCGCAUAGCUUCACACUGUCUUUUCUACAACUUCGGGGUCGACAUUUGUCCAAGUAACAAUGAUUGCAUUUACAUCGUGCCUCGUCCUUUUGGUAACAGGGGCGGUGUUCUCGUAUCCUGAUGUAGAUACUACCUGGCUGAAGGCCACUCUCAAAAACCCUUUCUCUGAACCCCGCCACCAUGUCACUAACCCGGCAUACAAAGCUAAAGCCAGGGACUUCAUCAUCAAGGAGUUCCGAAGCUACGGAUUGGAGACACACAACCAGACUUUUGACACGAAUCUUGCGACGGUGAAAGGUGUAAAUGUAAUCGCAAUUUCGAAGGGAAAGUAUUUCAAUACAAAUAAAGAUCAAAUAGUUGGAGUCGCAGCACAUUACGACACUAUGAGAAACACACCAGGCGUCGAUGACAAUGGUGCCGCUGUCGUUGCCAUGCUGCAAGCUGCCAAACAUCUAGCCAAGUUCGGGCGAAACUUCACCGUGAUCUUCGUCGCCUUUGAUUUUGAAGAAUGGGAGGAAAACCUUCCUGAAGAAGCAUGUACCUACCUUAGUUGUGGAAGCAGGAAGUUCGUCAGUGAAUGGAUGCCAUCCUUUUGGACCACUAUGCCCAAUCUCAAAGGGUUUAUCGUCAUGGACACCAUUGCAGACAUUCAAGAAAUGCCAGACACCCAACAACUCCCACAAGGAUUGGGGCUGUUUGCCCCGGGCGUUGUAAGCAGCGUUAACUCUGACGGCAAAAAGGGAGAUUUCAUCGCAGCAAUUGGCCGUGCCUACGAUUCUGACGUCCUUGAUGCCUUCGUCACUUCCUACACCGCCUUGGGUCAACCUGAGUUCGAGCUUGAGAAGAUUAACAUCACCGUUCUAACUGGCCCGACACUAACACAGCAGCAAUUCAUGAUUUUCAAUGAUCUUAUAAGGAGUGAUCAUUAUUCUUUCUGGUCAAAUGGUAUGAGGGCAAUCUUCCUGACGGACACAGCCAACUUCCGAGGGUAUAUGCAAGCCUGCUACCAUCACUACUGUGACACGUUUAGCCGAUUCACAGACAAGAUGCUUCAGUUUCUCGGGAAGACCACCCAAGCUCUCAUUGGUUCUGUCAACAUAUUGGCGCCAUCUACCGAAUUAUCGGGAAGUGCCCUGGUUGGAUGACAAAUGACUCUCUGAUUUGCAAUUACAGCGUCCAAUUAACAAGACGGAUGAAUUACAGGUUCUUUCUGAAGCGUGGUUCAAUCCCUGACACGUCUUCAUCUGACUUCAUUCCCGUUUCAUAAUUCACAAUUAGUUUAUUCCACGUUGGUGUAUUCUAUAAAUGACAAGCAUGUAAAUCUAAGAUUACAAUUAUGAAUGUAAUUCUUUGAAUAAUGUCAUAUUG